GAGAUGAACAUCUGAAAACCUUGACCCAUCACAAACUGUUAAGUAAGAAUACCCGUAAUCGGCCGAGGUGUUCCUGUUGUAUGACUGUAGCAGUUCACAACUUAGGCCCCAUCAUACCAUAUCAUUAUGUUGUCUGCUUCGUUUAUUGCAGCAAAAAGACUAGGGUCUCAAGCAGCGGUUUUAGGCUCCUUGGCAGCGCGACAGAAACACACCCUGCCUGAUCUUCCCUAUGACUUCAACGCCCUCGAGCCAUACAUCUCUGCUGAAAUCAUGAAGCUGCAUCACCAAAAACAUCAUAAUACCUAUGUGACAAACCUCAACAUAGCAGAAGAAAAACUGGCUGAAGCUUUGGCAAAGAAUGAUGUGAAUGGCAUUAUUCAGGUCCAGCCAGCACUGAAGUUUAAUGGUGGAGGUCACUUGAACCACUCGAUCUUCUGGGAGGUGCUGAGCCCCACUGGUGGAGGCGAUCCCCCCGCUCCACUGCUUGACGUUAUUAAACGGGACUUUGGUUCGUUGAGUUCCAUGCAGAAGGAGUUGGUCACCAAGACGGUAGCCAUUCAGGGCUCGGGAUGGGGCUGGUUGGGUUUUAAUCCGGCAAGUGGUAGGCUCAGGAUUGCAACAUGUGCUAACCAAGAUCCUUUACAAGCUACUACAGGUUUAAUUCCUUUGUUUGGAAUAGAUGUAUGGGAACAUGCUUAUUACCUUCAGUACAAGAAUGUCCGGCCAGAUUAUGUGAAUGCCAUCUUUAAUAUUGCCAACUGGGAAAACGUAGCUCAGAGGCUUCAGGGUGCCCUUUCUGACUAAUGUGUUUUCAGUUGACCCAUACGUAUUUGUCUUGAAGGACCACACAUUACAGACUGGCUGAAAACCUGGUGUUUGAAGUUAUACAUGGAAUCUGCACACCUUAUUCCCUGAUGGAUACUAGCCACUAUACUAGUAUACAGAAUUCAGCUGAAUUUAUAUGACUUUAUGAACUCCAAAACUGUAUUUGAUCUGUUUCCAACAUUCAGAUUUUCAAAACAGUUCAUUAUAGAUUUACGGACAAAAUAACAGAUUUAAUGACAUUUGAAAUGUAAUUCAACAUUUCUAUGUAAACAAAUGACCUUUAACAGAUCAUGUGGUUAUAUUAAAAUUUGUCCACAGAUAAUAUGGUGUCUAAUAAAUUGCUUUCUAUAAUAA